GGGGGGGCAAACUCAAACACCAGCUCUCCUUAAGGGAGGCUAAAUUUAAAGUCACCUAAACUAGCAGCCGGUGCGGCACAAAGGUGUCUGCAGCCACGCUUCCAAAUGUUAACCGUGCCUCCUUGUCAAGGAUGAAUUAAGGAACAGGUGGAACAGAUGAGAAACUCUCCCACCAGUUUCUAGCAAACAGAACGAUCUGAAAAUACUGUAGCGAAGAGAACAACUGCUUUUCGGGCGAUCCUGUAAAGAGAACCUCUAUUUUAAUGUACAGGGGAUUAACAAUGAUCCCACCGAAUAACAUUUACGGUGUUUGUUUCCAUCUUUUCGAUGGCAAAAGAAUGAACGAGGCGGAAUAAAUAUUAAAACAGCGCGGUGAGCAAUGAAAAGCAAUCGAUUGAUUGCUGGUAUUGUAAAGUACAGAGCUGCCCGCUGAAAAAAUGUCUAUGCAGCAAUUGUUGGUUCCCCUCUGGGCCCGGCCCUACCAGGGUAAAUGAAAUCAGACGGGAUCUCUUUUAGCUGUUCAUAACAAACUGAAGCCAUUAGAGGAAAAACAAACCCAGCUAAAAUUCAAUGACAAGAUCCAGGAUCUUCCUUUCUUUCCUCAUAGAAAGCGCAGGCUGGCUCCUGACCCCACGGCUGGCGAGCCGGCGUUGGUGGAGAACAAACCCGCCUUAGAGCUCAGACAUGGGGUAUUUCUCUCUUGCAAAGUGCCGAGUAGGGGUGUUGUGGCAGCCCAGCUCAGAGGCUGUCUGUGACGGAGCUGAUCUGAAUAGCACACCCGUCUGUUCCUUAACCCCCGAUUACGGAGACCCCAAAGGAAACCUGUCAACAGAUUUUCUCCCCCGCUUCUCUUUUCGAUCCAAGUGUGUGGAGAGAUCUCGGGUUUUCAUGUUACCGUUAAAAUGUUUUUACAAUUUCGUAUUUUUUUAAGUUUAUUCAACAGCGAAUAUUUGACAUAGGACCGGACUAUACCCUGACGCUCCAAAAUGGAUAACUCUCAGAUUCUGGAUUUAGUUUGUUGAUUUAAUUAUACUCCCUCCCCCUCCUCCCCAAAGCAAAUUAAUCCCAUUUCCAUUGAUGUGGCCGAAAACCCUUUAGCGGACAGUCUCUGGGGCAGAAAUACAGCGUCCUUCAGACUUGUCCGGAGUACAUGCAAUGGUUACAUCGUUUUAGGAAGUGUGGUGUUGUUGUCCCCAAGGAGGCUAAGCUUCGCUCCUGGUUUUAAGCUCCUUGAUCUAAUGCAACUAUGAAGAGACUGUCCACACAGAAUCAAGUGUCUGGCAGGGAUUGUUAACCGAGGAGGGGGAGGGGUAAAUGAACACUGGUGAUCUCACUAAAUUACCCAGAGAUCAGACGGCAGGUUGAAGGCUGCUGCUCCCCUUACUUUCCAGCAGCAGCAGACAGCAGGCGCGUAGCUGGCAUUUCUUUCCUGAUGUGCUUGAAUAAACUUUCCAGGACUCCCCUUGUACUGAAGCUCAGCAGAACAGAGCAAGACACGGGAGUUUGAUUAGAAAUCAGUUUCUCCAGCUAUUUGUUAUUAGCAGUUUCAGGGGGGGAAUGAGAGCACGUGGCCUCUCGGUCUCUUGGUGGGAUUGUGUGAGUGACGAAUUUGCUCAAUUCAAGCUCGGUAAAUUGGCACACGGCAUGACCCGCCUCGUUUGCACUGCCUGGGUAGACGGCUCCUGUGUGAGCUCUCCAAGGUGAGGACGGUGGAAAAGGCGACUCGCGUGUUAUUUCUCCCCGUCUGCUGGAUGCCUGUUGCUCAACAAGCUGCAAGCAGCACCUCUCGCACCAGCUCACCCUCCUGAUGAAAGAUAGGAGGGGGGACUGCGUAACGCCCGCGUUUGAGUAACUACAGGGUGAACGAGCAGUGUCCCUCCUUCGCAGCGCUGCGGGCCUGAUUGCCCAGCUGGCUGGGACACCUAAGAAACGGACCCCGCCCCCCCCGCGUUCCUCCCCCAGCCGAUAGCCCCGUUUGUGGCUGAUGCGCCUGGAGAUGCUGCGUCGUUUUGAAGCCACCUGUCUGAAUGCCACCUGGUGAACGGAGCCCGGCCGUCCUAGCACAUCCAAGGCUGGGGAUUUAAGGCGAUUCACGGGUGGCAGCUGCUAGUGAUUUGGGGUGUCCGGGGCGCGGACACAGUGGCGGAGAGUGACAGGCGCCUCGCAGGAGCAGGAGCAGCCUCACCAUGCCGAGGUCUUUCCUGGUGAAGAGCAAGAAGGCGCACAGCUACCACCAGCCCCGCUCUCCGGGCGAGGACUGCAGCCUGCGCCUGGAGAACGUGCUGGCUCAGAUCUGUGCAGACAAUAAGAUCCCGGGAGAGACGGGUCUGCGCAGCUCCGGCCUCCUGGACCCGGAGCCCCCCCGGGGCCGCUCCUCCCCGGAAUCCCACCUGAGCGAGGCCAUCGACGGCGCUUCCGACUCGGCUCCCAGCUGCGAGGGCAGCGUCUGCGACAGAGCCUCGGAGUUCGAGGACUUCUGGAGACCCCCGUCCCCGUCCGUCUCGCCAGCGUCUGAGCGUUCUGUCUGCCCCUCCCUGGAUGAGGCGCCCCCAUUCUCAGUGCCCUUCAAGCCAUACGCAUGGAGCACCCUGGGCAGCUCUGAGCUGAGGCAUCUGGUGCAGAACUACAGGCCCUGCCCAACCCUGGAGCGUAGUUCAGCCCUGGGACUCUUCUGUGAGCAGGGCUCGGAGUCUGCUCUCUUCGGUGCAGACUGUGGCUCAGCCCUGAGACUUUAUGGUGACUUCAGCUCCCCUAGGCCGGGACUCUUCGAGCGGCCAUCAGCAGCAACACCAGGCCUCUAUGCAGAGGCCCAGCCUGGGCUGCAGCAGGAGAAAGGCCCAGGUGGGAUCAAGGUGGAGUCAGAGCUUCUGUGCCGCCCACUGCUGAUCAGCACUGGCUCUUACAAGUGCAUCAAGUGCAGCAAGGUCUUCUCCACCCCACAUGGCCUGGAGGUGCACGUACGCCGCUCGCACAGCGGCACCAGACCCUUCGCCUGUGACAUGUGUGGCAAGACCUUCGGCCAUGCGGUCAGCCUGGAGCAGCACAAGACUGUUCACUCCCAAGAACGCAGCUUUGAUUGUAAGAUCUGUGGCAAGAGCUUUAAGAGAUCUUCCACUCUGUCCACCCACCUGCUCAUCCACUCGGACACCCGGCCCUACCCCUGUCAGUACUGUGGGAAACGGUUCCACCAGAAAUCUGACAUGAAGAAACACACUUUCAUUCACACAGGUGAGAAGCCCCACAAGUGUCAGGUGUGUGGGAAAGCCUUCAGCCAGAGCUCCAACCUCAUCACCCAUAGUCGCAAGCACACCGGCUUCAAGCCCUUUGGCUGUGAUCUGUGUGGCAAAGGCUUCCAGAGGAAGGUGGAUUUAAGGAGACAUCGGGAGACACAACAUGGUCUGAAAUGAGACCCGGCUGCGAUACAGAAAGCACCUACAACACUAUGUGAAGAGACUCCCUUGCUUCCCUGAUGGCCCUGAAUCAUGCCAUUUAGCACAGACCCUGGCAUUACUUUUUGGGGAAGGAUCACAGGGAGGAUAGGACAGGACACAGCUUUGAAAGUUCAGCCAGAAGGACUCUGAAAGUGGAUCUGAAAGGCUGGCUUUCUCUCUCUCAACACUGGAAAAUAAGUGUUUCCAUCUGAAACCUGAAGCUCCAAGUGUGGAUAAGCUAGAAAAUAUCGGUGAGCUGGAAAGUCCUUCACCCAUGGCAAAGAUGAAUUCCUUCAUCUUUUUAUUUUUGAAAUUAACUUGCAGGGAAACAGAGUUUACAUGAUAAACACACUGAGCUGUUAGGUAAUGUUAUGAAAAGUGCUUGCUUUUGUUGAGUUUAACUGUUAACUAGCUUUAUUGAUCAUUCCCUGUCAGGAGGGCUUGUAGUGGAGGAGCUGGACUGGAUAUCUUGCUGCUUUUAGCACCAAGGAAUCAGCUUGGGCUUGGUUCUGAUCUCACUUACACUGGUGUAAAUGGGGACUUACACUGCUGUAAAACUAGCAUGAGAAGAGGGUCAGGCCCUUGUCUCCUGUCCUUCCAUCCCUCUCUGUUUGUCUGUAUAGACAAGGCCUGUGUGUGUGUGUGUGUGUGUGUGUUAGGAGUGUGUGUGUUAGGGGUUGCUUGUCUGAAAAGGUUGGUAUUUUGCUCUACAUCAGUUGGGGAAGGAGAAGCCUAUGAAGGACUCAACAGGAAAAGCCAAAGCACAGAGUAAUGCCUUAUAACUAGGAACUCGUGAGAAUAACAUUGCCCCUGACUGAAAAGGACCAAAUAGCAGACACAGGCUUUCUGCCCAGAAUGACCAUCGGCACCAGCACUCUGGGUUUGAUUAUAAAUAACUGGGAAGUAGCUAACAAGUUAUUGAUAGACUUGUUUGUGUAUUAGGAUUUUUUAUUUUUAUUUUUACAUGCUACCAUGCCGGGGGUGGGCAGGAAUAAUUAUGAACGUGUAAUUGAUUGAAUUUGCCUUAAAUGACCCUGUGUGUACCUCAGUGGAAAAAUAUGCUGUUUUUACUUUGUUGGCAGGAUUGUAAAUGUCUUUAUUUAGAUUUUAUGGAGUGUCUUAUGUUUAUUGGUACAUAUUUAUUGGAAUAAUGUUUUAAAUUAAUAAAGCAUUGAGGAGCCUCUGAA